AUGGGUGUGUCUGGGUCGAGUGUAUGUGAGUCGUCUCCAUUACUCGGUACUACCACCACCACCAACAACUACAAUAGCAACAGCAAGGGGUCGGAUAACUCAGACUCUUCAUCAACGUCAGCGAAUGGUGUCAACAAGUAUUCACCGAUAAACAAGCGAAGUUCAUAUAGCAAUCUAAGACAUGCCCCAUACUCGUCAUCUUCAUUACUGUCUAGCUUACCAUUCCAGCAGCACUCACCACAGCCACAGCCACCGCCAUUGCCGCAGUCGGGGUCGGGGUCACCCGACCUACACCGGCCUCACUCUGGAACCGGGUUGAGCAAUUUGGCUCCUUCGUAUGACCACGACGACGACUACGAUGAUGACCAAAUGGCGCGGUCGAAUUCGAAACGCCGCUACUCGUUUUCAGCUAACGAAUACGUGAGGCUAUUUCCCGAUAGACCGCUAUACCAGCGUUUAUUAUCGAGCCACCACUCCGUCACCAACCCAAACUCGCCAUUUGACACUUAUGUCGCCAAUAAUCGAAGCACUCCUCAGUUGGGCGGCCAUGUCAAUGGAAGCAGCGUCUCGUUUGCCACGGACGAGCCUCGGAGAUUGAGCAUAAUCGAUAUCGUCAACAACUUGAGGCCCUCGAGGUUGAUUGGCAAUGUCAAGCCUCUUUGCAAUUGGUAUGCGUGUUACAAGGAUGACCCAGAAGACAUCAAAAACAAGGGGCUCCGCAAAUUCUACACGGAGCAAAACUACUUGAUUACCAAGUUCCAAGAGAUUGACAACUUUUUGGAUGCCGGAAAGAUCCACUAUAACAUGUUGAGUAACUAUAGCAAUGAUGCCACACGGGUGGCGUUGGACAACAUCGAGGAGAUUGACGAAAGCGUCAAGUCCAAUUCCAAUUCCGGCCACAAUAGCCCCAGCAGAUACACCAAGAACGGGAGCACGUUAGAAGACUCGCCAAACGGCAAGAGCCCGUUUAUAGCUUCUCAGGACUUGGAACGUGUUGGUGAGCUCACUGCCGCGGCAAAAUACACCAGGUUCUACGAUGUCCCGGGAAAUGUCGACCUUGACGGGGGCAAGUUUCUCGGUUUCAACCAAGAAGAAGAUAGUCAAGCUGUGCUACAGGCCAUCUUGGUGAAUUUCCUAAUCAAUAUUAUUUUGUUGAUCGGCAAAAUCAUAGUUACGCUAUUGAGUAACUCCUUGUCCAUUGCUGCGUCGUUGGUGGACUCCAUCUUGGAUUUUAUGUCCACGUUCAUCAUCUACAUUGUUAAUAGGCUCGCCGCGCAAAACAACCAUGAGGUUGAACACGCCUACCCCGUUGGCCGGUCAAGACUCGAGCCACUUGGCGUGCUAAUCUUCUCAAUCAUCAUCAUUAUUUCCUUUUUCCAAGUUGGCCAAGAAUCGUUUAAACGGCUAUUUUUCAGUACCCCUGAACAACGAGUGCCGGCCACGGUGGGGUUGGACGCAGUGGCAAUCAUGUUGAUCACCAUCGUUGCCAAACUAGGUUGCUGGAUAUGGUGUUCCAAGAGCGCUGCGUCAUCGGUGCAAGCGUUGGCUCAGGACGCAAUGACAGAUAUCGUGUUCAACACCGUUUCGCUAUUGAUGCCUUGGCUAGGCCACAUUCUCAAUAUCUGGUGGUUCGAUCCGUUGGGCGCGUUGUUUUUAUCCGUAUAUAUCAUUUUCAGUUGGGGCAAAACUGCAUUUGAACACAUCAACAACUUGACCGGUGCCGUGGCUGAUCCGUUGGAGUAUAAAGUGAUACUUUACAUGGCAUUGAGGUUUGCCGAACCCAUUAAGUUCGUCACCGCGUUGAAAGUUUACCAUGUGGGCGACAAUUUGAACGUGGAAAUCGAUGUUGUUUUCGCUAAUGAUAAGUUCAAUUUGAGUUUCAAGGACUGCCACGACAUUGCUGAGGCUUUACAGUAUAGUAUCGAGAGCUUGCCCAUGGUUGAAAGAGCAUUUGUCCAUAUAGAUUACAUGGAAGGUAAUUACAAAGGCCAUCUCAAAUAA